GGCAACCCGGGCCACAGGGGCAGGAAAGUGAGGGCCCAGGCCGGCCCCGGGCGUGCAGGGGCCCCGGUGUUCGCGGCGGCGUCCGCGGCAGCGAUAGCCGCUCUAGCAAGCAGCGCGAGUACCGGGGUUCACGGUGAAGCCGAUGGCGGCGGGAGCGGCAGCGGUUCCCAUUCCUCGCUGAACUGCCCGUCCACUCGUCUUGCAUCGAGCGCCAUGUUACCGAGCCAAGCUGGGGCCGCGGCGGCUCUGGGCCGGGGAUCGGCCUUAGGGGGCAGCUUGAACCGGACCCCGACGGGGCGGCCGGGCAGUGGAGGCGGUGGCGGGACUCGUGGGGCCAACGGGGGCAGGGUACCCGGGAACGGCGCGGGACUCGGAGCGGGCCGCUUGGAGAGGGAGGCUGCAGCGGCCGCUGCAACCACCCCGGCGCCCACCGCUGGGGCCCUUUACAGCGGCAGCGAGGGCGACUCGGAGUCGGGCGAGGAGGAGGAGCUGGGCGCCGAGCGGCGCGGCCUGAAGAGGAGCCUGAGCGAGAUGGAGCUCGGCGUGGUGGUCGGUGGGCCCGAAGCAUCGGCGGCCGCCACCGGGGGUUACGGUCCGGUGAGCGGAGCAGUGAGCGGGGCCAAGCCGGGUAAGAAGACCCGGGGCCGCGUGAAGAUCAAGAUGGAGUUCAUCGACAACAAGCUGCGGCGCUACACGACCUUCAGCAAGAGGAAGACGGGCAUCAUGAAGAAGGCCUAUGAGCUGUCCACGCUGACAGGGACCCAGGUGCUGUUGCUGGUGGCCAGUGAGACGGGCCAUGUGUAUACCUUUGCCACCCGUAAACUCCAGCCCAUGAUCACCAGUGAGACUGGCAAGGCACUGAUUCAGACCUGCCUCAACUCGCCAGACUCUCCACCCCGCUCAGACCCCACCACAGACCAGAGAAUGAGUGCCACUGGCUUUGAAGAGCCGGAUCUCACCUACCAGGUGUCGGAGUCUGACAGCAGUGGGGAGACCAAGGACACACUGAAGCCCGCGUUCACCGUCACCAACCUGCCGGGCACCACCUCUACCAUCCAGACCGCACCCAGCACCUCAACCACCAUGCAGGUCAGCAGUGGCCCUUCCUUCCCCAUCACCAACUACCUGGCACCUGUGUCUGCCAGCGUCAGCCCCAGUGCUGUCAGCAGUGCCAACGGGACUGUGCUGAAGAGUACAGGCAGUGGCCCUGUCUCCUCUGGGGGCCUUAUGCAGCUGCCUACCAGCUUCACCCUCAUGCCUGGUGGGGCAGUGGCCCAGCAGGUCCCUGUGCAGGCCAUUCAGGUGCAUCAGGCCCCACAGCAAGCUUCUCCCUCUCGCGACAGCAGCACAGACCUCACGCAGACCUCCUCCAGCGGGACAGUGACGUUGCCCGCCACCAUCAUGACGUCGUCCGUGCCCACAACUGUGGGUGGCCACAUGAUGUACCCUAGCCCCCAUGCAGUGAUGUAUGCCCCCACCUCGGGCCUGGCUGAUGGCAGCCUCACCGUGCUCAAUGCCUUCUCCCAGGCACCGUCCACCAUGCAGGUGUCCCACAGCCAGGUCCAGGAGCAAGGUGGAGUCCCCCAGGUGUUCCUGACAGCGCCUUCAGGGACAGUGCAGAUCCCCGUUUCUGCAGUCCAGCUUCACCAGAUGGCUGUGAUCGGGCAGCAGGCUGGGAGCAGCAGCAACCUCACCGAGCUGCAGGUGGUGAACUUGGACGCCACCCACAGCACCAAGAGUGAAUGAUCCGCCCGCCGCCCUGGACACAUGGCCCAAGGGAUGGCACCACUUAUUUAUUGUUGCCUUUUCACGUUUUCUUUACACACACGUUGACGGGCCGCAGGAGGGAGGCGGGGAGAAGGAGUGGGCAGCCACCGGACUAUGCCCUCUCACUCCAGCCAAAGAAACGGGCCUGCCCGCCCUCCACCUGGCCUCGCUCACCCUCUCCUCCUCCCUUCACCUCCCAUUGCUGAUGGUAGGGCUGCUCCUCUCCCUCUUCAGGCUCCCCCUCGCCAGCUUGGCUCCAUGUUUGCCAUGAGUAUUAGCUUACCCAACGGGACUGUGCCCCGCCUUCCCACUCACGGGCCUUUUGUGGGACCGGGCACUUUGUCCUCCCCUGAGGAAGCAGUUGGGACCCUUUCUCCAGCCUCUUUGCUGACCUCAGGUCAGCGCUGUGUCUGCCACAGGCUGGAUCAAAAGAGUCCUGCCCCCUCAGGAAGCCAGCUGGGGAGAUGGGGGCUUCUUCCCUCAUGCCACCGCCCUCUGCCCCUUCAGCUCCUGAGUAGCUGGGCCUGUGCACUGGGCAGGUCCCUGGGACCACCUGCCCUGCCUUGCCACUCCCUUGGACCUCCAGGGGCUCUUGGGUUGGAGGGAACCACCAGCGUUCCCUUCUCCCCCUUGUCUUCCCCCCUUCCUCCCAGCUGCUUUACUUAAAGUUGAUUUUGAACUUUUUAUUUGAGGAGACUAAGUGAAAACAAAUCUAUAAAUAUAUAUUUUUAAAAUAUUUAACUUUUUUUUAAUGGCGUUUUUCUCAUCCCCCCCCCUACCUGCCCAAACUCCCCUUCCCUGGGGAGCCCUUAGGCUCCCCAGUACUGGCUGGGCUCCUGGGGACAGAGCCACCCCCUGAACUCUCGGGGUCCACCAGUGUAUGUUGAGGGGGACAGAUUCUGGGAUUGACCUGCCCUGGGUUGUUUCCAGGAGAAAGCCAGGGAAGGGGCCCUCAGGCCUUGCCCCCAAUAGGGUAGGGAAGGGCACCCACAGUUCUGGGCCUCUGUUACCCUUUUGGGCUAUUGCUAGGAAGAGGGGGACCAAACGUGGGGGGGUGUCAGAGGCAACUGAUUUCAUUUGUGCCACAUCCACGGGCGUUGCAGCCUUGCGCUCCCCCAGGGCUGCUGUUGCCUGGGGCCCAAGUUGCAGUGAGCAGGGUGGGGUGUGGGAGGUGGGGAGAUGCAGGAAUGGGGGUCAGGAACGGGCGGCUCUCCCAGGGAGCAGCUACUGUAACUUUUUUUAAAUUAAGACAAAAAAGCCUUGAAGAAAAUGACUUUAUUUUUCUAAGCGUAACCUCAGUAUUUAUGUAAUUUGUACAGGGGCCCUGCCCCAUCCCCUAGGGCCCCUUGAGGGCAGGCCAGCAUGGGGGAGGGUAUUUUACCCUGUGUCAGCCGACCUUCACACCACCUGUGUCCAGAAAGCUUUUUCCGAAGGGGCAGUUGAAGUGGUGUUUUAUUAACCCUUUGCUUAACUGCCUUCGGGAGGAACAAGCCUGCUUCUGCGAUUAGGUGAAAGGGUGGGGGAAAAUUUUACGCACAGCCUAGGUAUCAAGGGGAUGAUUUGCCAACCUGUUUGAGAACCCCAACCUCUAAGUCCCCGUUGCUGUCUUGUCCCAGUUGGGGGCGCCAAGAUGGAAGUCACCUUUCUGGGCUUUCUCCUAAAGAUAGCUGGGGUAUUUAUGGGUGGCUUUCAAGGCUGGGGCAUGAUAAAUCAGGGGCCAGCCAGAGUGAGGGAGCUUGGGACUCAGGUCUGUAACUGCCCAGCCCCUUUCUCUGCUCUGGUCUCACUCCACCACCACGCACGCAAGCACUCCCCACUCCCCCGCCCAUGGGAGGAGACGAUGAUGAAUUCCUCCUCACAAAAGACAGACCCAGUGAGUGAAUCAGGCAAAGUGCUUAUAAUGUGUGUCGUGUGAGCAUGGCCGUGGGAGAACACGCGUGUCAGGGAUGAGGUGGCAUUUUUAAUGCGCUGCGGCCCUUGGUGUUUCCCUUCCUGGUGGUUCUGAGGUAUGUGUGUGUGUGCGUGCACGCGUGCAUGCCCAUGCGUGAGUGUAUGUGCCCGCGUGCCAGGGUGAAUGUAUGUGUGUGGAUGCAUGUGUGCGUGUCAGUGGUUUCUACUUCUCCUGGGAUACUAACCCAGGGAUAGUGGACAUGGUCACAGUCCUAUGUACAGAGCUUUCUUUUGUAUUAAAAAAAAAUACUCUUUCAAUAAAUGUAUCAUUUUUGUGCACAGA